UCUUACUAAACAGCAGUAGCUUUCUGUGGCAAAUCUAAAACUAUAAAACACUUCCAAAAGGUGGUCUUCUAAGUGUGUAAAGUAAGAACCUGUGUUUGUCUAAACUCAGCUUCACUUCUAAGUGUGUAAAUUAGGUGCUUUGGGUUUGUUUAAAGCAGAUUCACUCUAUGGUAGUAAAUUAAGAACUUGUGUUUGUCUAAACGCAGCUUCACUUUGUGGCAGUAAAUUAGACACAUUCCAGAACUGGGUUCCUGAAUUGGGCCCCCUGAGCUUGCAAAUCAGUAACAUAAGAAGAGAGAAGAGUUCAAGGGAAGGGUACCAAGAUGAGGCUAUGGGACGAAUUACGUGACAUGAUGGAGAACCCAGGUCUGGUAAGACCUUUGAAGAACACACAACUGGCUGUGCAUGCGCCACCAAUGUGGGGUAUCCUAUGGAUAUGAAUAAUUAGUUCCGAGGCUGAUUAUGUUUGUGUAUAUAUACCGCGCGCAUCCCAGCACACAGAGCGGAAUGUUCGAUUCGAUUCGAUUCGAUUCGAUUCCUUACAAUAGAUAGUCAUAGUUCAUGUCAGGUUUCAUGUUUGGAUUCGUUUGUUUAGUUCACGCUGGUUUCUCCGCUCCCAGUUCAUAGUCAUAGUUUAUGUGUCAUGUUUUGUAUCUCGACCUGUUUUCCGUGACCACGACAUAGUUUCCUGCCUUGCCCCGUGUAGGCCUGUUUGCUGAUCGCCUGACCUCUUGCAUGUUUUGGAUCACGUUUUGGAUUUACCUGCCUGUGUUUCUCAUUAAAUAAAACUGUUCCUACUGCACUUGCAUCCGUCCCUAUCUCCCUUACGUCACGAGACGUCACAUUAUACAAUGAGACAGUAAUGAGCAGCAUAGUGACCUGAGUGAAAAUAGCUUUUUCUAAACACUGUUCAUUAUUGAAACAGGUCGAUAUAUUGCAUUUCUUAUAGCUGAAGUGAAACUAAAUAUAGAUUUUUUGCAGUAUAUGACAUUGUUCUCAUUUGUCUUCUUAAAGAAAAGAAACAAGUCAGCGUUACAUCAUAUUCUCUGUUCCUCUUCCCUUUUUAGUGCUUAUUUCACUUAUCCGAGUCGGACAAGCUCAAGCAGCGUUUAAACCAGUUCUGUCUGUGAAGCCGAAUUCACCCAAAUAUUCAGAGGAGAGAAGGUUACACUCACAUGUAGGAUUUCAGGAGGAAAUGGACCGUACUACUGGAACAAAGAUGGUGGUUAUAGUCACAGUUCUGCUGAAAAUUACUACACUAUAAAAGUAGAUCGGAGUCACAAAUACAGAUGUUACGGGUCUGUUGAUGGACGGACAUCAACAGGGAGUAAUGAAGUGACUCUCUCAGUGAUAGAGAGACCAAAAGCCAUUCUGACUCUGCAGCCUGAUGGACAGAUAUUCAGUGGACAGGAAGUCACUUUCACAUGUCAAAUACGAGGACAUGCAGACACUGAGUGGAUGUACCACUGGUAUAAAGAUGGUGUCCAAAUAUUCUUCUACACUGAGAGCAGGAAAUAUUCAUUCACUGCUGUAGAGUCUCUCAGCGCUAAAUACACCUGCAGUGGACGGAGAAGAAACGACUCUCAGACCUCAGAGACCAGCAACGCUGUUACACUCACUGUGUCAGAAAAACCUAAACCUGAACUCACACCAAGUCGUGAAGGAGCUGUACUGAAAGGAAACCCAGUGACUCUGUACUGUACACUGAAGCUGCAGUCUGCUGGAUGGAAGUUUUACUGGAUCAAAAACACACAGAGCACUGAGACUGAGACUGAAACUGAAACUGAAACAGACUACUACAUUAAAACAUACAGCUCAGUUAGAGUCUCUGAUGGGGGUCAGUACAGGUGCAGAGCUGGAAGAGGAAACCCAGUCUACUACACACACUACAGUGAUGCACUCUGGGUAAAUGUUACUGAGAGUCCUAAAGCUGUGGUGACCAUAAAGCCUGAUAAACAUGUGUUCAGAGGAGAGACUGUGACUCUCAGAUGUGAAAUGCAGGGAGGAGGAGACACUGAGUGGAAAUACAGCUGGUAUAAGAAAGAUAACACAUUCUACCCCACAACACAGGAGUUCAGCUUCAGCUCAGUUAUAAAUUAUGACAGUGGUAAAUACACCUGCAGAGGGAGGAGAAGCAGUGACUCUCAGAGAUCAGAGAUCAGUGAUGCUGUUACACUCACUGUAUCAGAUGCAGCAGAGGCAGUAGUGAGUGUGUCUCCACUGCGCUGGCUGACUGAAGGAGACUCAGUGACUCUAAGCUGUGAGGUUAAACACUCCUCUACAGGCUGGACGUUCAGCUGGUACACAGAGGUUCCCUCCAGAGACAGUCAGGGUUCCCUCAGGUACAGUACAGUGCUCCUCUCAGACAGCAGCAGAGGAUCUGGAGGCUCCUACACUCUCAGUCCUGUUACUGUGAAUCACAGAGGAGUUUAUAUGUGCAGCGCAGAGAGAGGAGAAUCAGUCUUUCACACACAGUUCAGCAACCUACAGCCACUGUGGAUCACUGGUGAAUUUCCUCCAGUGUCUCUGAUCAUCAAUCCCAGCAGAACUCAGCACUUUACUGCUGACUCUCUCUCACUGAGCUGUGAGGACCAGAGGGACUCUACUGGAUGGACAGCGAGAAGAUACACACACAGUGAGAGAGUGUCUGAUUGUUCAUCAGUUUCAGGAUCUACAUGUAACAUCAGCUUCCUCUCCACAUCACACACUGGAGUUUACUGGUGUCAGUCUGAAUCUGGAGGACGCAGUAAUCCUGUCAACAUCACAGUGCACCAUGGUCAUGUGAUCCUGGACAGUCCUGUCCAUCCUGUGACUGAGGGACAUCCUCUGACUUUACAUUGUUUAUCUCGCAACUCAAAGACUUCAGCUUCUGGUGUUGAUUUCUAUAAAGAUGGUUCAGUCCUGCAGAAGAAGACUACAGGAGAGAUGACCAUCAGUACUGUCUCAAAGUCAGAUGAAGGUUUCUACCACUGUAAACACCCAGAGAGAGGAGAGUCACCGAAAAGCUGGGUUUCAGUCAGAGACUCAGGGCCUGGAUCCAGUAUUGAUAUAGUAUUUGUGGGACUGAGUUUGGCCUUGCUGUUCAUCAUCCUUUUACUGAUCCUGUUUUGGUGGCACAAAUCCUACAAAGGAAAGGACAGAGACGUACAGCAGAACAGCAAUCAGACACCAGGCCAGAACCCGAGUCAGUCAGGAGCUGAGGAUUCUCAGUCAGCAUACACACCACUUCAGACCGGAAAUGUACACAUUUAUGCCACUGUGGAGAACGCAAGUAAAAGUGACGCUGCAGCUGAACUCAGUGGGGCCAUUUACACAAAGGUCAUGAAGAAAAAGGAGCCACACAACAAUAAAAAUGAUGAUGCUGGACCCAGUGACGUGACUUACACUGAGCUUGAACUCAAGCCACAGAAAAAAACAAAGAAAAAUCAAGUGAAGGCCAGUGUAGAGUAUGAAACUGUUUACUCACAGCUGAAGCAGAACCCAUAGGUGCUGGAGGAGUGAAUACACAACUGAAGAGAUGAGGCUGAGAGAGAGAGAGAGAGAGAGAGAGAGAAGUUAAUCAUGUGUACAUUGACAGUAAAAUCAGAGUGAGAUUGGCUUGUACAGUUUCUUUGCACUUA